GUCGCGACCGAAACGCCGGACGGGGAAGUGUCGUCGAUCCCCACAAACAUAUCUACUUUUUUCGAAGUUCUCUGCACAGUUUUGUUUUAAAGUUUUACAAGGAAGUUUUUAUGUGACCAGUCUUUUAUCCUGUCGAACUUAAAGGUUAAGAGACUGCGCUCGACGGUGUAGUUUCUUGAGUUCAUACGUUUAUUGUGUUUUUUUGUUAUUGUUAAGUUUUUUUGUUUGGUGCAUCGCGCCGGUCCGGAGACCGGCGGGUCCCUUCGAGGCACCAAGCCUGGACGCGCGGCAUACAGACCCCAGAGGACAAAGCCUUUAGGGCGUGUAGUUGUGGUGGUCGGUGCGAGCGGUCCCCGCUCCAACCGUCAAGCUGGCAACGAGCGCGUUGAGCAUGAACCCGCACUACCACGGGUACGCGGAGCUCAGCUCGCCGCACCCGCCCUCGCCGGAGGCCGCCUUCGCCGCCAACGGCCACGACUACCCGCACAACAACAACAACCCCGCACUCAAAGAAUGCGCAGGCUGCAACGGCAAGAUUGUGGAGAGGUUCCUCCUCCACGCGCUCGACAGAUACUGGCACCACGGCUGCCUCAAGUGCGCCUGCUGCGGCCAGGCGCUCGCGGACAUGGGCCGCUCCUUCUACUUCAAAGGCGGGAUGAUAUUAUGCAAAAGCGAUUACACAAGGCUGUCUUGUUCCAGAAUGUUCGGUUCAGGAGGCGCGUGCGCGGGGUGCGGGCAGGCCAUCCCAGCCAGCGAGUUCGUGAUGAGGACGAACGCACCACAGCAGCCGCUCCAUGUAUUCCACAUAAAGUGCUUCGCGUGCUCCAAAUGCGGUUCACACCUCAUGCAGGGCGAUAGGUAUUACCUGCUCUCGGGCGUACCAGUGUGCGAGCAAGACUGGCAGAAGCUGAUGAAGGGCGCGAACGCGACGGGGGCGCCGGGCGCGCCGAUGCGCAAGAACAAAGUGGGGCGCCCGCGUCGCUCGCGCGAAUGAGCACCAGCUGCGCGCGCGCAGGCGCCGCAACACUCACAUAAGGACUACGAGGAGAUGAUGUCGUGUUCGUACUUGAGCGCGGCGGCCAUGGCUCCGGAGGCGUCGAGCGCUGCUUGCUGGACGCCGCCCGCGAUGUGUCCGCCGGCGGAGGCCCCGGCCGGCAUGCUCUCGCCGUACGUCCGACCCCCGAGCCUGUUGAGCCUGCAGCCCGCCCCGGCCGCGCCCGGCCCCUCGCACGAGCCCGCUCUCGACCUCACGAAGCCGUCGACAUCCCUCAAAUGUCAUCUCCCGUCUCCGGCCAGCGACGGCGAGACUGAGUGACAGUGUUGUGCCACAGACAAUUUAUUGAACUUACGACACAGACAAAAUUAUUACUGACAGCUGGGAAGCUGGCCGUCAGUAACAAUUUUUCUUCUGUCAGUGAACUGUUAAGUUAUACGUUAGUACCUACUACAUAUUUAAUUUCGGUUGUGAAAAUGGCAAUUUAUAUAACUUUAACUUGCUAUAUGUAAAUUUCCAUUAAAUUACUGAUACUUAAGAGUUGAACAGAACGAGAUGUGUUAAACACAAGCGUGUUGUUUCUAUUUUAAAUUAAAGUGAUAAUUAAUGGUGGACGUGGAAAGAUCAAGCAUAUCUUUAAUGUUAAAAAACUGUUGUUUUUGAAGCACUCUUUUAUUUUAUAUGAACUCGAUCCAUCGAACAAAAUAAAUUGUAACUGCGUAAUUUUGUGAAUACUGUUGUAGUACUUGCGCAGAUUGCAAUUUCACCAUCGAAACAACAAAUGAAUAUGCAUUUUAUCAGCAAACAUUAAUUUAAAUAAAAUUGAACGAAAUAUUAAAAAUGAAGUAUUCGCUCAAGAAGCAAGUUGCAUUAAUAAAUACAUUAAGUGUAUGCAAUCUAGCCUAAAGGGUAUUUGGGGUUACAUCUGCGUUAAAAAAAAAUUAAAGAAUCAUGUGACCCUAAAACUCGUUGCGUCUUGCAAUAUUUGUUGGCAGCCAUAAAAUAUAUUAUAAAACGUAAGAAAGCAAUGUCGAAUCUUGCCAGAGAUUGUACUUUUUACUUUAAUUUUAAUUACCGCUAUGAUAUAUCGCAACAACAAUGUUUCUUGCGCACGCCUCCCUGUGAUUUGCAACCUUGCUGUGUAAAUAGUUCUCUCGUCUUUUGUUAUUUCUUUGUAAACGAGCUGUAAAUCAAUUGACUCGUUAUUAAUACGUUUAUAUUGUAAAUAUUAGUAUAAACAUCAUAGAUUUAAGUAGACACAUCUUGUACCUAAGCGAGGGCUUGUUAGGCAACUUUUAUUUGAAAAGCCGAUUCAAAACACAAAAGCAUUUUUUUUUUGUUUGACGUAAUGGUAAUGUGGAAGUUAAUAACAUUACUACAUGGCUUUUGGUUUACGAAUCGGAACUCUUUUCUGAAGAAAAAUUGCCUAAUGUGUUCCGAUGCUAAAGUUUGGGCGCAAAACUUCGUAGCAAUAAUUUUGAUGCCAACAUCUUUGAAGUUUAAAUUCAAGUAAAUAACGGUCUCUGUAUAUAUUGAUCUACGUUUUACCAGUUGUUCGAUCGAUUUUUAAAUGUAUACAGUUAUUGUAUAUAAGUAACCUUAAACGCUAACAUUCCUUUAUAUGUGUACCUAUGAAUAAGUCGUUGCAGAAAAAGUUGGCGAAAUAAACCAAAGGAAAUAAUGAAAACAACAAAUAAACUGUUUUUCUCGUAAUCCAGGUUCUGUACUUAAAUAAGUAAUACUGCCCUUUACGGUAAAGUGUGAUGAUCAAUCACGUGCCAGUUUAUAAAUGGACGUUUUAAAAGAUAUGACGCUCCUAUAGCCCACAUGUAUUAAAAAAAAUGUUAUUAAAUAUUAUGAAACAACCAUUAAAUAAAAAGGAAAAACAUGAGUUUUUUGUUCAGUAAUUAUUUCCCGAAGGUUUAUAUCGACGACUGAAACUCCAUAUAAAUAUUACAUAGAGUCAGCUCAAUAUUCAUUCAGAAUACUAUAUUUAUUCUUUAUACUCAACGACGUUAGUAAAUUCAUGAUAAAAUACUUUCCUUUUAUUGGAAUUCAAGAUUUUAGUGGUUAGAACUUUAAUCAGAACUGUAUGUCAUUAGAUUGUAUCUGACAAUGUUUGUGGCCGGCAUACAAUAUAAUGUUAGCGUUUAGUGAAUCUUGCCAUCUAAAGAUAUGUUUAAUUUACGGAAAACACCACAGGGUUUUGGUCUGACUUAUGUUAUAGAGAACGACCUUAGUAUCAGACAGGUUAAAAUAUGAUAGCCCUUUAAAAACGCUCGGGCAGUUGCCGACAAUACGUCUGUCAUUUUCGUUCAAGAUCUUCGGUCUCAAGUCACACCUGAAGCCUGUGGCGGUUUGUUAGAACGACAGUUAUGGUGUUACCAAUACACAAAGAAAGAACAUACAAUACCUAGCCUAAGAGAGCCGGUGACAGGAGGAGAAAAUAAAAUUUUGUAAAUUA